AGCAUGUCCCCAAUCUCACAUGCAAUUACCAAUGGUCAUCCCAGCCAUGGUCAUCCUUAAGCCUCACAUACACAGUGAGCUGGAUUAGUCAAAGUUAAUAUCAAUAAGAUGGAGUUGGUGGGGUGUGUCUGAUCCCAGGCUGGUACAAAAGCCUCCUGAGGGUGCCCACCUCUUUCUUAGGUCCCAGUGUCGUGUGUCUGUGAGAAGCGAAACGCUCGCCUGCACAGCAGACCAGUUGGGCGUUCUGCAGAGUAGCUCCAGUCCAGCUCUCCACAAUAAUCCGUUCUCAGUUUAGCGAUGGGGAAUACAACGGGCAGCACCGUGGACGACCUGCAGGCCGUUGAAAUGCAUCUGUGGUAUAAGAAGUUCAUGACCGAGUGUCCAUCUGGUCAGCUCACGCUGCAUGAGUUCAAACAGUUCUUCGGGCUCAGAGGUCUGGAUCCAGAGGCCAAUGCCUACAUCGAGCAGAUGUUCCGCACGUUUGACAUGAACAAGGAUGGUUAUAUAGACUUCAUUGAGUAUGUGGCUGCUCUCAGUCUUGUAAUGAGAGGAAAGAUGGAGCACAAACUGCGCUGGUAUUUCAGACUUUAUGAUGUUGACGGCAACGGCUGCAUAGACAGACACGAGCUCCUGAAUAUCAUAAAGGCCAUACGCGCCAUCAAUGGAAGUGAGUCACAGGAAGUGAGCGCUGAGGACUUCACAAACAGUGUGUUUGAUCGGAUCGACGUCAAUGGAGAUGGGGAGCUUUCACUGGAGGAGUUUGUAGCAGGGGCACGCAGUGAUGAAGACUUUAUGGAGGUGAUGAUGAAGAGUUUAGACCUCUCGCACAUAGUGGCCAUGAUCCAUAACCGGAGACACAGCGUGUAAGAGACUGUCCACAUUCAUAUAUGUCAUGUACAGUCUCUUGAUCAGAAAACAAGAGCAACCUUCACUUAUCAAACUUCACCUCCACUGUCUAAUUCUAAAAACACAAUCAUUUCAAACAAAGACUGAGUUAAAGGGCCAAGAGAUUAAAUUGGUGUGGGACGUCCCACAUCUAAUAUACUGACUGUUUCCCCAAAAAACAGCCUUCUCGCUAGAAAGUGGCUUCAUGGGAAAAGAAUCAGUAUGAAGUGGAUGUCCAUUUAGAGCUUUAUUUUCUUAUUACUUUAUUAUUAGCAAA